UGAGGCUCGCGUCCGGCUCCGCACGCUGUGCAGCGGCUGUGCGGCGCGCCGGGCCCCCGCUCUCCGCACCAGGCGCCCCUAGAGGCCGCUGAGCCCCGGUGGGCGAUGGCCACGCUGCCGAGCGCAGAGCGCCGCGCCUUCGCGCUCAAGAUCAACAGGUACUCUUCAGCGGAAAUAAGGAAACAGUUUACUCUCCCACCAAACCUGGGCCAGUACCAUCGACAGAGCCUCAGUACCUCUGGCUUCCCCUCUCUUCAGCUACCUUCCUUCUAUGAACCCGUGGAGCCAGUGGACUUUGAAGGACUUCUGAUGACACAUCUGAACAGCCUGGAUGCCCAGGAGCUUGCCCAGGAGCUGGGAGACUUCACCGAUGAUGACUUGGACGUGGUCUUCACACCAAAGGAAUUUAGGACUUUGCAGCCCUCUUUGCCGGAGGAAGGGGUUGAACUGGACCCUCAUGUCAGGGAUUGUGUCCAGACCUAUAUCCGGGAAUGGCUAAUCGUGAACCGGAAAAACCAAGGAAGUUCAGAGAUUUGCAGCUUUAAAAAGACUGGAUCUCGAAAGGAUUUUCACAAGACGCUUCAGAAACAGACGUUUGAGUCAGAAACCUUGGAGUGCAAUGAACCCACCGCUCAGACAGGACCCCGCCACAUAAACGUGCUGUGCGACGUGUCUGGGAAAGGCCCCCUCACUGCCUGCGACUUUGACCUCCGCAGCCUGCAGCCUGACCAGCGACUAGAAAACCUCCUGCAACACGUGAGUGCUGAGGACUUUGAGAAGAAAAAUGAGGAGGCCCGGAGGACCAAUCGGCAGGCCGAGCUCUUUGCCCUUUACCCAUCAGUGGACGAGGAGGAUGCUGUGGAAAUACGUCCGGUACCAGAAUGUCCGAAGGAACAUCUGGGCAACAGAAUCCUGAUGAAGUUGCUGACUCUGAAGUUUGAGAUUGAAAUUGAGCCUCUGUUUGCCAGCAUUGCCCUCUAUGAUGUUAAAGAAAGGAAAAAGAUCUCAGAAAACUUUCACUGUGACCUGAACUCGGACCAGUUCAAAGCAUUUCUGCGAACUCACACGCCUUCCGUUGCCACAUCAAGCCAGGCGAGAUCUGCCGUCUUCUCAGUCUCCUACCCGUCCUCAGACAUCUACCUAGUGGUCAAGAUCGAAAAAGUCCUGCAGCAGGGAGAGAUUGGAGACUGCGCAGAACCCUACAUGGUUAUCAAAGAGAGUGACGGUGGAAAGAGUAAAGAAAAGAUUGAAAAACUAAAACUUCAAGCUGAAUCCUUCUGCCAGCGUUUGGGGAAAUACCGGAUGCCCUUUGCCUGGGCGCCCAUCAGCCUAGCAAACUUCUUCAACGUGUCCACCCUUGACAGGGAGGUAAUGGAUGUGGAGCCCACGGUUGGGAGAAGCUCAGUGGGUGAACGGAGGACCUUGGCCCAGUCUAGAAGACUUUCUGAAAGAGCCCUCUCCGUGGAAGAAAAUGGGGUUGGAUUCAAACCCACCACCUUGACCAUUAACACCUUUUUCAAGCAGGAGGGAGAUCGCCUUAGUGAUGAAGACUUAUUCAAGUUUUUAGCCGACUUCAAAAGAUCAUCAUCUUUACAGAGACGGGUCAAGUCAAUUCCAGGCUUGCUCAGGCUGGAGAUCUCUCCAGCUCCAGAGACAAUCAGUUGUUGUCUGACUCCUGAGAUGUCGCCUGUGAGACCUUUUCCUGAAAACCGGACACGUCCACACAAAGAGAUUUUGGAAUUUCCAAUACGAGAAGUCUACGUCCCACAUACUGUGUACAGAAAUCUUCUCUACGUCUACCCACAGAGGCUGAACUUCGCUAACAAGCUAGCAUCUGCCCGGAAUAUUACAAUAAAGAUUCAGUUUAUGUGUGGAGAAGAUGCUAGCAGUGCUAUGCCGGUCAUCUUUGGAAAGUCCAGUGGGCCUGAAUUUCUGCAGGAAGUGUACACAGCCAUUACAUACCAUAAUAAGUCUCCUGAUUUUUAUGAAGAAGUGAAAAUUAAGCUCCCUGCUAAGCUCACAGUCCAUCAUCACCUCCUGUUCACCUUCUAUCACAUCAGCUGUCAGCAGAAGCAAGGAGCCUCCGUAGAAAGUCUGCUGGGAUAUUCAUGGCUGCCAAUUCUCUUAAACGAACGUCUUCAGACUGGAUCCUACUGUCUCCCAGUUGCCUUAGAAAAACUGCCACCCAACUACUCCAUGCAUUCUGCCGAGAAAGUCCCUUUACAGAAUCCUCCCAUUAAAUGGGCUGAAGGACAUAAAGGAGUUUUUAAUAUUGAAGUGCAGGCUGUUUCUUCCGUUCACACCCAGGACAAUCACCUGGAGAAGUUCUUCACUCUCUGCCACUCCCUGGAGAGCCAGGUGACCUUCCCCAUCCGUGUGCUGGACCAGAAGAUCAGUGAGACAGCUCUGGAGCACGAGCUGAAGCUCAGUAUCAUCUGCCUGAACUCGUCCCGCCUGGAGCCGCUGGUGCUCUUCCUGCACCUGGUGCUGGACAAGCUCUUCCAGCUGUCUGUGCAGCCCAUGGUCAUCGCAGGCCAGACAGCCAACUUCUCCCAGUUUGCCUUCGAGUCCGUGGUGGCCAUCGCCAACAGCCUGCACAACAGCAAGGACCUGAGCAAGGACCAGCACGGGAGGAACUGCCUGCUGGCCUCCUACGUGCACUACGUCUUCCGCCUGCCCUCGCUGCAGCGCGACUCGCCCAAGCCAGGUGCACCCACAGCCCUCCCAGACCCCCGCUACCACACGUAUGGGCGCACGUCUGCUGCUGCUGUGAGCUCGAAGCUGCUGCAGGCCCGGGUGAUGAGCAGCAGUAAUCCGGACCUCGCAGGGACCACGCACUCCACAGCAGAUGAGGAAGUUAAAAACAUUAUGUCUUCAAAGAUUGCUGAUCGCAACUGCAACCGGAUGUCUUACUAUUGCUCUGGCAAUAAUGAUGUUCCAACUUCGACUACAGCCCCAAGGCCAGCCAGCAAAAAGCAUUUCCACGAGGAACUUGCCCUGCAGAUGGUGGUCAGCACUGGGAUGGUGAGAGAAACUGUCUUCAAGUACGCCUGGUUCUUCUUCGAGCUCCUGGUGAAAAGCAUGGCCCAGUAUGUACAUAACAUGGACAAACGGGACAGUUUUCGGAGGACUCGCUUCUCUGACCGUUUCAAAGACGACAUAACUACUAUUGUUAAUGUGGUCACCUCGGAGAUUGCGGCCCUUUUAGUAAAACCUCAGAAGGAAAAUGAACAGGCAGAAAAGAUCAACAUCAGCCUGGCUUUCUUCCUGUAUGACCUUCUGUCCCUCAUGGAUCGUGGCUUUGUGUUCAACCUCAUCAAGCAUUACUGCAACCAGCUGUCCGCCAAGCUCAAUAACCUUCCAACCCUCAUUUCCAUGAGGCUGGAGUUCCUGAGAAUCCUCUGUAGCCAUGAACAUUACCUCAAUCUGAACCUCUUUUUUAUGAAUGCUGAUACUGCUCCAACAUCUCCUUGUCCCUCCAUAUCUUCCCAGAACUCAAGUUCCUGCUCCAGUUUCCAGGACCCGAAGAUCGCCGGCAUGUUUGACCUGACCCCGGAGUACCGCCAGCAGCACUUCCUCACGGGGCUUCUCUUUACAGAGCUGGCUGCUGCCUUGGAUUCGGAAGGAGAAGGAAUCAGCAAAGUGCAAAAGAAAGCUGUCAGUGCCAUCCACAGCCUGCUAAGUUCUCAUGACCUGGACCCUCGUUGUGUCAAACCAGAGGUGAAGGUCAAAAUUGCUGCCCUUUACCUGCCUUUGGUUGGCAUCAUUUUGGAUGCUUUGCCACAGCUCUAUGACUUUACAGCUGCAGAUGUGCGUAGUGGGAAAAGUCGUCCCAAUGGCUCCGAUGAAGAACAAGAAGGGGCGAGUGCCAUUAACCAGAAUGUGGCCCUGGCCAUAGCUGGGAAUCAGUUUAAUUUGAAGACGAGUGGAAUAAUGGUAUCUUCCUUGCCCUACAAGCAGUACAAUGUGCUCAACGCCGACACCACCCGCCACCUCAUGAUUUGCUUCCUCUGGGUCAUGAAAAAUGCUGACCAGAGCCUCAUCAGGAAGUGGAUUGCUGACCUGCCUUCAAUGCAGCUGAACAGGAUUUUAGAUCUACUUUUCAUCUGUGUCUCAUGUUUUGAGUACAAGGGAAAACAGAGCUCUCACAAAGUCAGUACCCAAGUCCUACAGAAGUCGAGGGACGUAAAGGCCAAGCUGGAAGAGGCUUUGCUCCACGGGGAAGGGGCCCGAGGGGAGAUGAUGCGCCGCCGAAACCCAGGGAAUGACCGAUUUCCAGGCCUAAAUGAAAAUUUGAGAUGGAAGAAAGAGCAGACACAGUGGCGGCAAGCUAAUGAGAAACUAGAUAAAACAAAGGCAGAGUUAGAUCAAGAAGCCCUGAUCAGUGGCAAUCUGGCUACAGAAGCAAAUUUAAUCAUCUUGGAUAUGCAGGAAAACAUUAUCCAGGCCAGCUCAGCUCUGGACUGUAAAGACAACCUGCUGGGAGGUGUUCUGAGGGUCCUGGUGAAUUCUCUGAGCUGUGAUCAGAGUACCACCUACCUGACUCACUGCUUUGCAACUCUCCGUGCUCUCAUUGCCAAGUUUGGAGACAUGCUGUUCGAGGAGGAGGUGGAACAGUGUGCGGACCUGUGUCAGCGAGUGCUGCACCACUGCGGCAGCAGCAUGGACGUCACCCGGAGCCAGGCCUGUGCCACCCUCUACCUCCUCAUGAGGUUCAGCUUUGGAGCCACUGGUAACUUUGCAAGAGUAAAGAUGCAAGUGACCAUGUCUCUGGCAUCUUUGGUGGGCAAGGCCCCAGACUUUAAUGAGGAGCACCUGAGAAGAUCCUUGAGGACCAUUUUGGCCUAUUCAGAAGAAGACACAGCCAUGCAGACAACCCCUUUUCCCACCCAGGUAAAGAAGCACAUACCUUGUCUCAUGCAUGGUUUGGGAUCAGCCAAUUACUUUACCCUUGAAACUAUUUCUCAAUCUGUGUUCAGAAUUGCCAAGAGUUACCAGACAUCUCCUGAUCUGCGGUUGACCUGGCUCCAGAAUAUGGCAGAGAAACACACCAAGAAGAAGUGCUACACGGAGGCCGCCAUGUGCCUGGUGCACGCAGCAGCACUGGUGGCCGAGUACCUGAGCAUGCUGGAGGACCACAGCUACCUGCCCGUGGGCAGCGUCAGCUUCCAGAAUAUUUCUUCCAACGUGCUGGAGGAGUCUGCAGUCUCCGACGACACCCUGUCGCCUGACGAGGACGGGGUGUGCUCCGGCCGGUACUUCACCGAGAGUGGCCUGGUGGGCCUCCUGGAGCAGGCUGCAGAGCUCUUCAGCACGGGAGGCUUAUAUGAAACAGUUAACGAGGUCUACAAGCUGGUAAUCCCCAUCCUGGAAGCACAUCGAGACUUCCGAAAGCUGACCUCCACUCACAACAAGCUGCAGAAGACUUUUGACAACAUCAUUAGCAAGGAUCAUAAGAGAAUGUUUGGAACCUACUUCCGAGUUGGUUUCUAUGGAUCCAAAUUUGGGGAUUUAGAUGAGCAGGAAUUUGUUUACAAAGAGCCUGCAAUUACCAAGCUUCCUGAGAUCUCCCAUAGACUAGAGGGAUUUUAUGGUCAGUGUUUUGGCGCGGAAUUUGUGGAAGUGAUAAAAGACUCCACUCCUGUGGACAAAAGCAAGUUGGAUCCAAACAAGGCCUACAUACAGAUCACUUUUGUGGAGCCCUACUUCGAUGAGUAUGAGAUGAAAGACCGGGUCACCUACUUUGAGAAGAAUUUCAAUCUGAGAAGGUUCAUGUACACCACCCCCUUCACCCUGGAGGGACGGCCUCGGGGAGAGCUGCACGAGCAGUACAGAAGGAACACGGUCCUGACCACCAUGCACGCCUUCCCCUACAUCAAGACCAGGAUCAGUGUGAUCCAGAAGGAGGAGUUUGUGCUGACACCGAUUGAAGUUGCCAUUGAAGAUAUGAAGAAGAAGACCCUGCAGUUAGCAGUUGCCAUUAACCAGGAGCCCCCUGAUGCAAAGAUGCUUCAAAUGGUGCUGCAAGGCUCUGUGGGAGCUACUGUCAAUCAGGGACCACUGGAAGUAGCCCAAGUGUUCUUGGCUGAAAUUCCAGCUGACCCAAAACUCUAUCGACAUCACAACAAGUUGAGGUUAUGCUUUAAGGAAUUCAUAAUGCGAUGUGGCGAGGCAGUAGAGAAAAACAAGCGUCUUAUCACCGCAGACCAGAGGGAGUACCAGCAGGAACUCAAAAAGAAUUACAACAAGCUAAAAGAGAGCCUUAGGCCAAUGAUCGAGCGGAAAAUUCCAGAACUCUACAAGCCAAUAUUCAGAAUUGAGAGUCAAAAGAGGGACUCCUUCCACAGAUCUAGUUUCAGGAAAUGUGAAUCCCAGUUGUCACAGGGCAGCUAAGAAAAGCCAUCUCCACGCAUGGAGACUGAGACCCCACAACCCUGGAGAAGGACUCACUGGUACUUAAAAAAUAACAUAUUUGCAACGCAGGACGGACCACAUACUCCCUGAACAGCUAGCACUCUGAAAGCUUCGGCAUCCAAGAAACCAUGGCAUCACACCUGGCUGGACUCUGACCUGAUUUUGGCCAUACAGAGGGAAGGGAGGCAGGUGGAAGAUGGGCAAUCAGGCAGGAAUGUCUAUUUAUUAAAGAGUGUAUCUUCACAGUGUUGUGUAAAACAAAGCAUCAGUAGCUUCUCCUGCUGACUGGUCAGUCACUGUCCAGUGACACAGAUGACUUCCUUUGACCCAUAUUUGAAUGCAUAAGAUAAACUCAAAUUGCCUAGGGGAAAUGGAAAAACUGUUCACCAACCUAUUUUACCAUUUUAAGAGUUGUACAGUUAUUUUUGUUUUAUUUUAAUUUAAUUUAACUUGCAUUUAUAAAGGAACCCGCUCAAAGCACUGAUUUAGGAGAUACAUGGUACUUGGACAAUCAGCCAAAAAAUCAUGGAUACUGCAUUCCCUUAAAUGGAAACAAUUCUCCUAUAAUGCUUUGAUUUUUUUUCUUGUGCCUACUCUUGCUUACUCUCUCUUUUUCUCAUCUCUGGGACCAAGUUUAUUUUUAUAAAAAAAUAAUAUCUCUGUUUUCACUUCAGAACAUUGUAUACUCAGCAUAUGUACAUGA